CCGCAGACAACUGUCGAUAAAAUUAGUGCGGCGCAUGUGCAAACACAUCUUGAACGUCCAGGUUGCCUUCCGCGCGCCGUGCUGCAAGCGCUGGUUUGACUGCACCGAGUGUCACUUUGAGGUCUCGGACCACCCGAUCCUCGCCGCCGCCGAGAUGGCGUUUGCGUGCAAGCACUGCAAGAAAUGCUUCCGCAAGAUUCUCUCCAAUUUCACUUUGGACGACACGGUGUGUCCCCACUGCGACAACAACUUUGCGAUUCCAGCCGUCGUGCCUCAAUAAAGCGGUUUGCGUGAUGCCAUAUACCAUGGGAUAGCUAGCCUGCUCCAUGAGCUCGCUCCAAUCGUAUACGAACUGGCGACUCCAGCGUCGGCCACAACAUGCGUCAAGGCUUUAAAACCCCUUCUCUUGAGCUCAAACC